AUGGUAGUCGUCAAUUCCUCCGGCUUCUCGGAACUGCCCGCUCCGCCUUUUCCCCAGGGCAGCUUCGAAAGCUCCGCCGCCUCUGCCGGUAGCACCGUUCCUCACCCGCCCGAUUCCCACGCCUUGUCUCAGCAGAUUCCCCAUCGGUACGCAGAAUGCGUUCCUGCACCCGAACCUCCAGCAGACUUUGUCGCUACCACGACCGUUUCGGCGCCGAUGCACAACGCUGCCUCCUACCUUGCUCGUGGUCGCGACGGCCGAAAACCCUUUCCACGACAAGCGCGCCCGAGCCCACCAGCAGCCGCCUUUUCCACAUCAUUGACCGUACCACCGGGAUGCGCUUCCUCGUUGAUACGGGCGCGGAAUUUCAAGCUGGUCGUCGACGUCAACGGCAGGCGCCUCAUUGAUCGCUCAACGUCCCUGUCAGUCUGCGGCCAUAACCUCCCUGCACCACCAUCCCGCGUACUAUUUUGCACUGCGCCGGACGUCGCCUUCGCCUCUAUCCUGAAGGAUUUCCCUUCGUUGACUCAACCACCCGACUGGACGAAACCCGUACAACACGACGUUGUUCACCACGUCUCCACCCGUGGCCCACCAGUUCACUUCCGCCCGCGGCGCCUCGCACCCGAGAAGUUCCGCGUGGCAAAGGCAGAAUUUGACCACAUGCUUGAACUUGGUAUCAUCAGGCCAUCAUCCAGAACGUGGGCUUCGCCGCUGCACAUGGUGCCAAAGAAGACAGGGGACUGGCGCCCGUGCGGCGACUAUCGCGCAUUGAACAAAGCAACCAUCCCCGACCGCUAUCCCAUCCCGCACAUCUUGGACUUCUCAGCUCCUCUCGAAGGCGCCAACACGUCCUCAGAAAUAGAUCUCGUCCGCGCUUAUCACCAGAUUCCUAUGGCAGAGGAGGACAUACCAAAAACCGCCAUCACGACCCCAUUUGGCCUGUUUGAGUUCCUUCGAAUGCCCUUUGGCUUGCGGAACGCUGCCCAGACUUUUCGGAGGUUCAUCGACAAUAUCAUUCGCGGAUUACCAUUUGUCUACGCGUACAUGGAUGACGUCCUCGUCGCAAGCCGCUCCCCAACAGAGCACGAACAACAUCUUCGGGCGCUCUUUACCCGCUUGCAACAGAGCGGCAUCAUUAUCAACGCCGCUAAGAGCGAAUUCGGAGUCGGAGAACUCGACUUCCUUGGCCACCAUGUCAACAGCCAGGGCAUCAUGCCUUUACCAUCCCGAGUCGCUGCCAUUCAAGACUUCCCGCAGCCCGCUUCCGUGACCAAACUACGACAAUUCUUGGGGCUGGUGAAUUUUUAUAGACGCUUUGUGCCAUCAUGCGCAGCCAAACUGAGUCCCCUCGAAGCUCUGCACGCCACCAACCGCUCGAAACACUCUGUGCUAGUUUGGACCCCUGAAGUGGCAGCUGCCUUCCAGGCAAUCAAACAGGAAAUCGCUUCGUCGUCCCUUCUAUUACAUCCUCAACACGACGCCCCAACGUCCAUCAUGGUCGAUGCAUCCAGCACAGCUGUCGGCGCCGUCCUCCAACAACGUAUCUCUGGUGCUUGGCGCCCUCUAGCAUUGUUUUCACGCAAGAUGAAGCCACAGGAGACUCGCUACAGUGCCUUCGGUCGCGAGCUCCUGGCCAUAUAUCUCACCGUCAAGCACUUUCGCCAUUUCUUGGAGGGCCGACAAUUCACUGUAUUCACCGAUCAUAAGCCCCUCGUCUACGCUUUUUCUUCAUGCAGCACAAGCUACACCCCUCGUGAGACCUGCCACCUCGCAUUCAUCUUGGAGUUCACCACAGACGUUCAGCAUAUCAGUGGUGGCGGACGCUCUCAGUCGCGUCAACUUCAUUGGGACAACCUAAGUGACCCGUCGUCUUCCUUAACCAUAGAGGAUGUCGACCUGCCAGGCGCUACACAUCCGGUCGCGUGCGACACGUCACAAGGUCGACCCCGCCCAUUUGUUCCGGCGGCACUUCGACGAGAAGUCUUUUCGAGCUAUCAUUCAUUAUCCCAUCCUGGCAUACGCGCAACUCAAGAACUCAUUUCUCGGCGCUACGUCUGGCCCUUCAUGAACAAGGACAUCAAGCGCUGGGCCAUCAAGCCUGCAUUCCGUGUCAGCGGACCAAGUUUCACAGGCACACCCGCCUUCAUCCUUCUCAGUUCCCCGCGCCAGACAGCCGCUUCGCUCAUAUCCACAUCGACUUGGUGGGACCACUCCCAAUAUCAUCCGGCUAUCGUUACAUCUUCACCACCAUUGACCGCUUCACCCGUUGACCUGAGGCUGUACCGACUCGUCAACACACUGGGCUGCAAGCGGAUUCGAACGACUGCCUACCACCCGGCGUCAAACGGCCUCGUUGAGCGCUUCCACCGACAGCUGAAGGUUGCCCUCCGGGCUGCUCCUGAAACACCCUGGCUGGAAGUCAUACCGCUCGCGCUCCUGGGGAUCCGUUCCACCUUCAAAGCUGACAUGGGCUGCGCCGUCGCCAAGAUGCAUCCCGACCUUGCCUCCUGCACACACGUCUUUGUGCGCUGUGACGCUGUACGGAAGCCCCUGCAACCGCCCUACACAGGCCCUCACCUCGUGCUGCGCCGUUCACCCAACUUUUACACCAUUCAGCUGAACGGCCGCGAGGACACUGUUGCCUUAGAACGGCUUAAGCCGGCAUAUGUCAACGCUCUACCACCGUUGCCGCUCUCCUUCUCCGUGGAGCUACUCCACGACUCACCCCUCACGGCAAGCUGUCCGCUCACUACUCCGGCUGCUCGAGGAAUUCCGACAUUUUUAUGCGAUUCAUCGAGUGGGAAAGGUCUUGGGAACGUCAGCAUCAUGCGUAUUUUGUACUGCAAUCUCUGGAGCAUCGAGGUAGCACUGGCCAAUGCGGUGAACAACUAUGCUGAGCGUAGCAGCGAAUGCCGUAGUGUGCGAGAGGCAGCGUUUCUGUGUUCUCCGCCCUUCAAGUUUCACAGGCAGCACAAACCCUCGGGAAAAGAAUGGGAACGCAAUGGGGGCUUCGGCUCCUCAACGGGCGAUAGUGCUAGACUGGAUCCCAGCGGCGAGGGAAUGGAGGAGAAUGUCGUGCUGGACCACUACCAGAGCGUGCCUACAGAAAUCAAUGUUUUGAUGGGGGUAUAUUGA